AGUGUUUCCUCUUUCAUUUUCAUUUUCAUUUUCUUUCCGUCUCAAAACUCCAAAAAAAGAAAAAUCCAUUUUUCCAUCUCUCAGCCUAAAAGACCAGAGAUUUGAUAUCUCUGGCCCUUUCAUAAUCCUCUCCAUCCAUCCACCAUCCGCCGUAUAAGUUAAAAAAAAGAUCGGUGGUCUUUUCCGAUGCCGCCGAACGGAGAUCUAGACCGUCAGAUCUCCCAGCUGAUGGAGUGUAAACCGUUAUCAGAGGCAGAUGUGAAGACGCUCUGCGAUCAAGCUCGAGCCAUCCUCGUCGAGGAGUGGAACGUUCAGCCCGUGAAAUGUCCCGUCACCGUCUGCGGAGAUAUUCACGGACAGUUCUAUGACCUUAUCGAGCUCUUUCGAAUCGGUGGGAAUCCUCCCGAUACCAAUUACCUCUUCAUGGGUGACUAUGUAGACCGUGGCUACUAUUCAGUAGAAACAGUUUCUCUAUUGGUGGCACUGAAAGUGCGAUACAGGGAUAGGAUUACAAUCCUGCGAGGGAAUCAUGAGAGUCGGCAGAUUACUCAAGUCUAUGGUUUUUAUGAUGAAUGUUUGAGGAAGUACGGAAAUGCAAAUGUCUGGAAGCAUUUCACUGACCUUUUCGAUUAUCUUCCUCUUACUGCCCUCAUUGAGAGCCAGGUUUUCUGUUUGCAUGGAGGGCUUUCACCUUCUCUGGAUACCCUUGACAAUAUCCGAAGCUUGGAUCGGAUACAGGAGGUUCCACACGAAGGACCAAUGUGCGAUUUACUUUGGUCUGAUCCCGAUGAUCGAUGUGGGUGGGGAAUAUCUCCACGGGGUGCUGGUUAUACAUUUGGACAAGAUAUCGCUACUCAGUUCAAUCACAACAACGGACUCAGUCUCAUAUCAAGAGCGCAUCAGCUUGUCAUGGAAGGUUUUAACUGGUGUCAGGACAAGAAUGUAGUGACGGUGUUUAGUGCACCAAACUAUUGCUACCGAUGUGGAAACAUGGCAGCUAUUCUAGAGAUAGGAGAGAACAUGGACCAGAACUUCCUUCAGUUUGAUCCAGCUCCUCGUCAAGUCGAACCAGAUACUACCCGCAAGACCCCUGAUUAUUUUUUGUGAUUUAUUUGUAUUUUUUUUUUCUUGCUUGGUUCCAACCAUUUAUAAUUUUUCAAAAUUCCUGUCUAUCUUUUUCCUUAUCUAUUACUGUAGUGUCUUUUCAUUUACUUUAGUACAUAGUGGAAUGAGUUCAUCAACUUUCA